AUGCCAUUCGAUACCACUCGUUUCGAACCACUCGUUGAAGAGCUUUUAAGUGCUCUAGAAUCUUCUCUAAGCUAUCGAAUUUUGGUGCUUAUUAUUGGUAGACCAGGAUCCGGGAAAACCACCAUCUCUCAGUAUCUUGAGGACCAAUUGAACGAGAGAUAUCGAAGAAAUGACAAUAAACUGGUUCCAUUUUCCUCUGAUUAUUUCAAUCUACAACAUUUAGACUUCACCAAAGAAUUUGAAGCGGCCAGGCCACUUCCAAUUGACCUCGAAGAAGCUGAAACUCAGAUAAACCAUGAUAUAGAUAAUCCAGACUUCCCCUCCAUUCCUUACAAUGACUCGACCACUCUCAAAAUCAUCGGAAGGGGACUUCUUUCUACAUUAAUUAACGUCAAAACUGAGUCAGCGGUUUCAAUUCACCACCCGAUUCCCCCAUUUGCUAAACAUAUAUCUAUGGACGGCUUCCACUUACCUCGUUCAGUCCUCGGUCACAUGACCAACUCUCAGAACAUGUUUCUUAGACGUGGAUUUCCAGAUUCGUUCGAUUCAGAUCUUGUCGUGAAACUUGUCCAGCUGUUGACCGAUAUCUGUUACGAUACCACAGUAACGGCUGCUGGACACCAAGCGAACCUCGCCAAUGCUUUGUGGAUGUUCGAUUCCCUGCCAGGCUCUCCAUCGAUCUCAAUCCCUGACUUCGACCACAGACUGAAGGAUCCGACUCCAGACGCAUCUAUCAUUGCGCCGUCUACCAGAGUUAUCAUUUUAGAAGGUAACUACCUCAUGUUAAACCAGGGAAGAUGGGCCGAAAUAUCUGAAAUUGUCCGUCGAAACAAGCAGAACAACGUGUUAGUCUGGAAGGUUGUUCCGGCAAACAAAGAUGAGGUGAGAGAGCGUACCGCCAAACGGCACGUCACCGCUGGAAUAUGUAACACUCUCGAUGAGGGUUACCAGAGAUAUGAUGCGAACGAUAAGCUCAACGGAGAUCUUAUUGAUGACAGUAGUAAUAACGAAUAUAUUGACAAAUUCAUUGUGAAUUGA